UUCACCUACUUUCAAGUCUUGACCGACUUCUCAUCAAAUAAAAUAAAUGCCCGGAAGAGAUCGCCCAUGCCUCCUCGUCGACGGCAGCGUCCUCUGCCGAGGGUGUACGCCCUACUCAACGCGGGCGUGAGGCUGGUGGCGUGGUUGACUAGCCUUGCUGCCGUGCUCAUGCUGGCGUAUGUGGGAAAGGAGUGGCCAUCAAAGGGCCAGGUCGUCAUCGCAGGCGCCCUAGGUUGCGCCAUCGCCAUGCUCAACGAUAGCUGGGACAUGCUGGCCACCACCGACGCCUCCAUGGUAGUCCCGCGUCUCGCCGCGUCACGAAGAGUCCUGCACGAUCUCUUCUCCAUGGCUCUCUGCGUCGGCGGCAUCAUCAUGAUGUGGGUAUCCAACAUCAGCCUCUCACCAGAAAAGACGUCGGAGCAGCGUCGUCAAGAGAUGUGGAUCAUGAUGGCCCUCUGGACCCUGAUCGCCGUAGUCGCGUGGAGGUUGAUAUUUGCGGUUUGGGGAUACAUUACGUCCGAGUACGCGAGAUGCCCUCAAGAAGGCCUCGAGACCAUCUUCACUGGCUUCGGCUCCACGAUCAAGAACUUUGUCAACCGCCAUCGCCACCGUCGAAACAAGGUGCUCUCGGUGACGGUCCAAGUGACUCUUCGCAGAGUCACGAUAGGAGCCGUCAUCAAUUUGCCUCCGCCGGUGCCCGGGAGGGGGAAGCAAACUCGGGUGUUUGAGUACACUGUAUCGGCUGAGGGGAAAGAGUACCCGCUGAGGCUGUGGGUUAAAACUUCUCGAGGACAGUUUCUAGAUGGUGAAGGCGGCUCUAGCCCUGAGGAGCCUUGCGUCGAAGGCUACUACCGGGCUUCGUUGCACUACGCGAGGUGGAUGGUGGAAUCUUUCUACCAGUUUUCAUCGUGA